AUGGCGAAACGAAUCGUGGUGAAGUGCCAGUCGCAAUUGAUUCCCGGCAAACCGGCAGAACGGAAAAAUACCAUGGCGAGUCUUAUAUGCAAGCAUGAAUGGGGUCGGGACUUCGACGACAAGCAAGACUAUUUUACUUCUCUAGGGCUAUACGAUGCCGACAACGUCAAAUGCUACUUCCUCCUGGAUAAUGGGGUAGUAGUUGAAGGGGAGGCCCCCGAGGUUAGGGUCUACAGUUGGCAUGGGACUACUUUAGCCCCCAAAGUAGUAUAUCAGGCCCUUGUUCAAUACCUUGAACACAUUCCAUUCGGAAGAAAGUCUGCGACCGCCAGCCUAUCUGAUGAUGAGUACCUUGCUUUGUACGGGCAAGUGGAACUCGACCGCUUGAUUUCACAGAGGAACGAGCAACAACAGAGACGACGUCGGUCGACAGGAGAGGGGCAGAAGACAGCACGUCACAGCGACUCGGUCACGUGA